GUUCUCAAUCAGUGCGUUUGUUGUUAACAAAAAAAACAUUUUAAUUUAAAUAAAUUAAAUUGCUCGCUCGGCGCGUUUCUCUGUAUCGAAUCGACCAUCAAACCAUAGAAGUCAUUCAAAAUCAAUACAUAUACAUAUAUAAAAAAUGUACAAUUCCCGCUGAAAUUGUUCGCCUGGAAUUCGGUCUGUUCUGCGUGUAGUUCUGGCUAACGAAAGUAAAAACUCAAAUACGCGAAAUAGCAUAAAACAAAAGGCUUAAAUAAGCAAGCACACAAAUGCAAACAAUGUGAAAUAUUUGAAAAAAAGAUGCCUAUCUGUGUGCUGUGCGUGUGUGUAGCCGCAGCAGCAGCAGUAGCAGCUGCGAGUAUGUAUGUGUACCGAAAGUGCAUGAAAACGAAAACGAAUCUUGAAGAUAAUAAGAGUCACCAAAGCUAGAUAAUCAGCGAUGAUUUAAUAAAAGAAUAACCUCGAAUCUGCGAGAACACUUUGCGAAAUGCCUAAAGCUGAAAUUGUGAUUGCGGCAGCCCAGCGGCACGGAUUCGAGAGCAAGCAAAAUCGUUACGCUGCAUUUUGACUUGGGGGCGUCUGAAAAAUCGAUUGGAUUGGCCGUACUAAAGUCGCGACCAGACCAUAACAAUACUACUACCAUGACGCUGCUGGCGGCGCCGUCAGAUUUAGUCCCGUGCUACCUCCGCGGACGCAGAUAUCCAACCAAAGAUGGCGAUGUCGAGAUGAAAGUGCGCGCCCAGUGAGCUUUCUUCGUUAGCUUCGUCAGCCCCAGAGCCAGAGACAGAUUGCGAGAAAGAGCGUGAGAGAGUGAGAGCGCGAGAAAGGCAGAGAUACUAUGUCCAAAAUGAGAGGUCGCAUUUUGAUACCACUGCCCAAUACCGGAUCGAUGGGACGGAAGCGCAACAACUUCUAUAUGCGGAGUAUAUUUCUACUGGCGCUGUGCAUCUUUGGCCUGCUGCAGUACCACAACUUUAACUACUUGGAGUCCAGGGACACUGUUCUGGGAGAUGCGGUCACCAAUGACUCGGAUGAUGCCAUCCUGGCCAUGGUCCCCGCCACGCUGCACAAGUACUUGACGCCGCACUCUCGCAAUCACAGUGCCGCGGCAACAAGCGGAGCGAUGGGCGGAGCUGGAGUAAUAGGAGCCCCUCUGCUUCUGAACACGAGCAGUUCCGGAGCGGCGACUGCAACUACAAUCAGCUUUGAUGUCUACCAUCCUCCAAACAUAUCGGAAAUAAAGCGUCAAAUCGUUAGAUACAACGACAUGCAGCUGGUGCUGAACGAGGACACAUUCGGUCCUCUGCAAAACGACUCUGUGAUAAUUGUAGUCCAGGUGCACACGCGGAUUACUUACCUGCGGCAUCUGAUUGUCAGCCUGGCGCAGGCGCAGGACAUUACCAAGGUGCUGCUGGUGUUCUCGCACGACUACUACGACGAGGACAUCAACGAUCUAGUGCAGCAGAUAGACUUUUGCAAGGUGCUACAGAUCUUCUAUCCCUACUCCAUUCAGACCCAUCCCCACGAGUAUCCAGGCGUCGAUCCCAACGAUUGUCCCAGGAAUAUCAAGAAGGAUCAGGCAAUGAUCAGCAACUGCAACAACGCUCUGUAUCCGGAUCUCUAUGGGCACUAUCGGGAGGCGAAGUUCACGCAGACGAAGCAUCACUGGAUCUGGAAGGCGAACCGUGUCUUCAACGAGCUGGAGGUCACUCGCUUUCACACAGGUCUGGUCUUGUUCCUCGAGGAAGAUCACUAUGUGGCCGAGGACUUUCUCUAUCUGCUGGCCAUGAUGCAGAAGCGCACCAAAGACUUGUGUCCCCAGUGCAACGUACUGUCCCUGGGCACCUAUCUGAAGACAUUCAACUACUACACCUACCACAGCAAGACUAACAAGAAAUCCUAUGCUUCCUCGCUGAUCUCGACAAACAGUCUAUUAGGAUACAAUAGGCAUAACAAUAAUAAUAAUAAAAACAAUAAUAAUAAUAACAAUAGAAACUCAAUGCAAUUAGCCGUGUCGUCCUCCUCUUCUUCCACGUCAUCUGCGCAAUCAUCAACGACAUCACUCAGAAACAACGCCAAAGUCUAUGUGGGCGACACCACUGCAGAUGCAGCCACUGGCAGCCACAAAAACAUCAAUAGCAACAAGAAAGAUUACAACAAGAAUAAUAAUAAAUCGAAUAAUAUGAGAAGCAACCACAUCAACACUGUCACCGCCUCCUCAGCCGCCACAUCCUCCGACACCAACAAUGAGCCAAAUAGCAAUAGCAAUAAUAACAAUAAUAAUAACAACAAAAAUGGUGCACAAACAUGGAACUAUCAUGUCCUGCCGUCAUUGUAUUCCGUCUAUCAGAAGGUGGAGGUCAUGCCGUGGGUGAGCAGCAAGCACAACAUGGGCUUCGCCUUCAACCGCACCACCUGGACGAACAUAAGGAAGUGUGCCCGCCACUUUUGCACCUACGACGACUACAACUGGGACUGGUCCCUGCAGCACGUCUCCCAGCAGUGUCUGCAGCGCAAGCUGCAUGCCAUGAUAGUCAAGGGCCCGCGUGUCUUUCACAUCGGGGAAUGUGGCGUUCAUCACAAGAACAAGAAUUGCGAGUCCAACCAAGUCAUCUCGAAGGUUCAGCACGUUCUGCGGAUAGCACGCAACUCGCAUCAGCUCUUUCCCCGCUCACUCACCCUGACGGUGCCCAGUCUAAGUAAGAAGACCAAGCUGCGCAAGGGCAACGGCGGAUGGGGCGACCUGCGGGACCAUGAGCUGUGUCUGAACAUGACUCUGUCCACGCGGUAGAGGAGGCCAAAGGAACAAAGCUACAGCUUUUAAUACGAGUAUAAUAUCUAGUUAGAAGUAGCCUUACGAACAUUCAACACUCAACACUCAACAAGAUAAUGUGUACUCUGUAUCAGUGAAAUAAUCUAACCGCAUGUAAUCGAAGUCAAAACAAGUUGUGCAUCAGUUGCGCCUCCAAAGAGCCUCCACGGGCGCUGCACAAAUUCCUAGUAUAAGUAAUCCUCCUCUAGUCACAGGCCAUAUGCCAACCCAACCCAGCCCAACUCGGAAACCCCCAAUAUUCGAAUCCUAUUUGUACUGUUUGCUCUUCGGUUUGGUAAAAAUUACUUUGUAUUGUUUAGGCUCCGUCCGAAAUUGGGGCGGAUAGAACCCUAGCAACGCUUACGACUCUUAUGCUACAUACUAUUAAACUCAAAUAUGUACGAGUAGUACUCGGUCGCGUAUCGUAAUCCCAAAUUGUGCCGAAUCCGUUUCGUAAAUGGUCAUGUGAAUGGUCGAGUCCAGAUAGUUCAGAGUUAGAUCAAGCAGUCAAUCGCAUAAACUAGUCAUACGAGUAGCACGUGCGCAUAGAACGGUAGCGCAUUAGAAGAAUAUAACUACAUAACUCUUUGAUAACUUAUUGUAUAACGUUUUAAGCCUGUAAAUAGAAAUCUUUUGUUGAAUAAAUUA